GUUGUAAAUUAUAUGAAAUUAUGUAACAAGAUGGGGCUCAUAGACAUAUUUGCCCCAUCUUGAGGGGGAGUGUUGAGAGGACCUACUAGUGACAUGAACAAGAAUAGAGGGACGAAAAUGUAAAACUCACCUUGUAUAUACUACUCCCGUGGAGGGAUGGAAGGAUAAGGUCAAUCCUCAAUGUUCCAGACUUCUCUCCCCUUCUUGAGCUAAUCAACAUUUGGUAUGUGUACUUGGCUCAGUCAGUCCUCUCCGAGAUUUGACCUGGCCAGUUAGCACGAGCGUGCGUACGAGCAAGGACCAUGCCGCGCCCCUGCACCAUGUCGCCGGCAAUGGCCCUGCUACUAUGCUUGGCGAUGCUAUCCAGUGGCGGCUGGUGCGGGGGGUGCAGGGACGAUGAGAGGGCGACGCUUCUGGACAUCCGCGGCCAGUUCAACUACAACUCGCCGCUGGACUGGAAUAGCACAGAUUGCUGCCGGUGGGAGGGGGUGAGCUGCAGCUCCCCCACAGCUCGUGUCACCGGCCUCGACCUCAGCAUACUGCACAGUAUUGCCUCCAGCAGAGGCCUACUCAACACCACCAUGUUCCUCCCCUUGCAAGAGCUGCAGGAUCUGUCCCUGAGCGGCCUCAAGAUACAAGGAUGCACACCCGGUGCAGGCUUUGAAGUAUGGUCAAAAUUACACAGACUAAAAGUUCUUGAUUUAUCCUAUAAUGGAAAAUUAAUGGAGAGUGACGUCCCAUCCUUAGUCGCAAUUUUAUCGCUACGGUCCCUAUUCCUCAACGGGAAUGACUUCAGCUCCAAUAUGACAAUACAGCAACUGAGCAUAAUGAAGUUGGAUACUCUUGACAUAGGCAAUAAUGAUAUCAAAGGCACCAUACCUACAGAUAUCUGCAACAUGAGAGAUCUUCAAGUGUUAUAUCUCAGUGACAAUCUUUUAUUUGGAGAGAUUCCUUCAUGCAUGCAAAAUCUGACUUCUCUCAGAAUUCUCGGUCUGUCGGAAAAUAGUAGAUUAAUAUUAAAGUUCCCCUCUCUUAUCUUUGCAAAGCUCACAUUGUUGGAGAAACUUUCACUCGUAAAUAACUCUCUUGAAGGAGUUCUGUCGCUGAGUUCCUUACAAAAUCAUAGACAAUUGACUAAACUGGAACUUGCAAGCAGUGGUAACGACUUUCAUGUGCAAACUGAGAAUCCAGCAACAAAUUUGCCAGCUCAGAUUCAGGUUCUAGUGCUGCGAAAUUGCAACCUUAAUGGCAAUUCAGGCAUCAUACCAAGUUUUUUGUUGCAUCAACAUAAACUAGAGUCAGUCGAUAUGUCUAACAACAACCUAAGUGGUAACUUCCCUUCAUGGUUGAUAGAAAAUAAUGUCAACCUAUCACACUUAGUUCUGGGUAGUAACUCCUUUGAAGGUCCUCUUCCUCCAUCCAAAGUACACACCAGUUUGCAAUGGUGGGUUGCAUCUUCUAACAGGCUAAGCAUAUUACCUGUUGACAUCAACACCACAUUACCAAAUCUGAGUUACAUAUCCUUAUCAGGGAAUUCUUAUAUGGGCAACUUUCCUUCUUCCUUUAGCUACAUGAAUAGUCUACAGUAUUUAGACUUGUCAUACAACAAUUUCUUAGAUGACAUUGCGGCUGCUUUUGUUGGAAAUAUGUCAAACAUCAUUGGUCUAAAACUCUCUGGAAACCAUUUCUAUGGUUCGUUCUCUCCAAACAUACUAUUACCUGCCGUUAAACAUCUAUUGCUCAGUGAUAAUGAAAUUGCUGGGAAAAUUCCUGAGAAGUUAUGUGGCAGUCUGAUACUUAUGACAUUUGAUGCUAGCAAUAACAAGUUGACCGGCCCGCUCCCUACUUGCAUAUCCGCACUCUCAGAACUUGCCAUUUUGAAUUUAAGAGGGAACUCAUUGGCUGGAUCGAUUCCGUCGGAAGUAUGCGACCUGCAAAAGCUUGUGUUUCUUGAUGUGUCAAAAAACAACCUUUCUGGUCCAGUGCAUUGCUUACCGGAUCUACGCUACCUUCAUAUGAGUAGAAACCGAUUAAAUGGAACCUUUCCUAUUCCAUUGUACUUGGGAAAUAAUAUCUAUAUAAUGGAUCUCCAAGAAAACCAAUUCAGUGGUGUCCUUCCAAAGCUGAUAGGGAAGUCCUUCCCAAAGCUAAAAGUACUGUUAUUAAAAGGCAAUAUGUUCGAAGGGACAGUUCCAAAUGAUAUAUGUAGUUUGAAGUAUCUGCGUCUACUAGAUUUGUCUCAUAAUAGACUAUCAGGGCAGCUACCUUUAUGCCUGAACAUUAUGGGAUCCGAUGACAGUUUAUUUGAUUUCCAACCUGGUUUUGGAACUUUUCCUGUCUUAUUCAAUGUCAUUGGGCUGCCUGAUCAAGAGGAAUUCAUGACCAAGGGCAGGCAGGACAAAUACAGGGGAAACAUACUCAACUACAUGACUGGACUUGAUUUCUCUUCGAACCAGUUGAAAGGAUCCAUUCAUGAAAGUAUAGGUGGCAUGAAGUGGUUAAGGGCAUUGAAUUUCUCGGAAAACAAGUUUGAUGGAUCAAUACCACAGUCCUUAUCUAAUUUAAGUGAUCUGGAGAGCUUGGAUCUCUCGCACAACAACUUGGCAGGCCAAAUACCUUCAGAGCUAGUAGCAUUACAGUCCCUUGCGGUGUUCUCAGUGGCAUGCAACAACCUUUCUGGUCCUACACCGGGAACAAAGGGGCAGUUCAUCACAUUUGAUUUGAGCAGCUACGAAGGCAAUCCGUAUCUCUGUGGCCCACCAUUGAAAAAGAGUUGCUUUGCGACGCCGUCGAUUCCUGAGCUCGAAGAAAAUGGAGAACAGGAUGAUAAAGUUGGUCAUAUCAUACUGUUUGGUUGUUCGGCGAUGUUCUACAUGGUUGGUUUCUGGACAUCCUUGGGUGUACUUUACUUUAAGACAAGCUGGCGACGGUCAUGGUUUUCUGUUGUGGAUAGGUUCGGUGAUUGUGUACUAGUUAAGUUUUUUGUAUUCACAAAAAAUAUUCGGAGCACCAAUUGACCUUUCUGCAGGGGGCCAAAUAAUUCAUCAUGUGGCCAAUUUUGUGUGAUACUAGUAGAACAACUCAAUUCAACGGUUGCAGAACUUAUUUAAAAUAUUUCUGACUGAUAA